AUGAAACCUCAUUUAAUCUAUCAAAUACCUGAUUCGUCAUGGUAUAUAGUUAUUACUAAUACCCUGAAACAUUUUUAUUUUAACAACAAAGAUGGAAAUUCAUUCUGGCAAUUGAGUAAUAUUGAAGAAUUUUAUAAAUCAACUAUUGAUAUUAAUAAUUUAGUUUCAAAGAUUAAUUUUGAUGAAGUUAGUUUAUUGUUUGCAAAAUCUAAAGGACUUAAAGUUGAAUUAUUAGAGGAGCCAGAAGUAGUGACUGAUGAGAUUGAUGUUCAAGAGGAAGAUGAAAACUUAGAUAAUAAUCAAGGAGAUGAAGAGUUUGUGUAUGAGAAUGAUAAUAUAUCAAUAAAACCAGUUACAGAAGAAGUACCAAAGCAAAAAAAUUCAGGUAUUUUAGCUGGUUACUCAUCAAGUGAAGAAGAAGACGAGGAAGAAGAUGAAGUAGAUGAACCAGAUAAACUGAAAGAAUAUACAAAUAAUUAUGAGGAUAUUGUUUCCAAAGUAUUAGAUCAACAACAAGUAGAAGAAGAGUCAUCGGAUAAUGAAAGCAACAACUCAUUAGAUUUAUCAUUGGAAAAGGAGGAAGAAACUGUUGAUUCAACUACCCAAUUCAAGGAACUUUUGAAUCGUUAUUCAUCACAAAUUGAUUAUUUUGAUCCUUGGAAUUUAGUUGAGGAAAAAUUGAGUUCUGAAUUUAUAAAGUCACCAAGUUAUCAUGUGAUAGGCUCCACUAAGAUUAAAGAAGAGAUUUUCAAGCAAUGGCUAUACGAGCGAACAGACGUAGAGUUAGAAAAAUAUAACGAUGAAAAUUUAGAAGAAUACAAACAGAUAACAUUUGAAAAUCUUUCCCUACCUCCAAAAUUGACUUAUCUAUCACUAUUUCAAAACUCCAAAGAUGAUGUAAAAUCAAUGUUAUGGCCAAAUUAUUAUUCAAAAUAUUACAAAAAAAUUAAUUCAAUAAAAUUGACAAAAUCCAAAAAAGAGGAAAUAUUUCGAGAUUUCAAAAACUUCAUUAUUGAUUUUGCAAAUUCUGAAAAACAAUAUAAAAAAUCAAAUCCAGAUUUCAAAGAAAAUUAUAAAAUUUUUAAAUUAAAUGAAUUUUUAAAUAAUCAAAAUAUUCGUCGUAGUGUAGAUUAUAAAAUCGAUUCAAAACAUACAUUAUUUGAAAAUUGGCUUUGUCUUAUGCAUUAUAACAAUAUCAGUCUGAAAAUUGCUAAAAAUAAUAUAAAUUUUGUAGUUGGUGAUGAGAAAAGAUUGAAUAGUUAUAUACAACAUUUAAAUAAAUUAAAGUAA